AUGGCGCCGCUUCUACUGCUGGUGGCUCUACUGGCGGCUAAAGCUGGCCGGGGCGCGACUCUCAGUCUGCCAACAUCAUGUGGCGCCGAGACCUGCGGCCCUGGGGAGGAGUGUCGACUGCUGGUGGACUGCAGAGCUGGCCCGCCGGCUGACCCCUCUUCUCUACCAACCCCUGACACCUACCUCCCGCCGUGCGCGCCGCGGGCCGUCUGUGUACCAACUCCUUCCUGCGAGUCGGUCCGCUGCGGUCGGAGCGAGCAGUGCCGGCUGGAGACAGACGAGUCUGCGUCCGAUCGGUACAUCCCACCGCUGCAGCUGCCCGUCUGCCACACAGUCAGCUCCUGUGACGAGCUGAACUGCCCUGACGGACACCGGUGUGUGGCUACCUCAGACUGUGAGAACGCACCGCCGGAGCUGGACGGCUACCUGCCGCCCUGUCGCACGCUGUAUGUGUGUGAGAGAAUGAUCUGUGAGGAGAAGGAGUGUGGGACGGCGGAAAAGUGUCAGAUGAGGGAGAAUGGACCUUGUGGUGACACGGAGGUCUGCAUUACUACCUACUGGGGCCCGACCUGCCUGCCGGCGAGCUGUGAGCUGACCGGCUGCCGUCCGGGCCAGGUGUGUAACACGCGCGACAUCGUACCCUCCUGUCAGCCUGCCUCCUGUCUGGAGAUCCAGUGCGGACCGCAGCAGACGUGCCGUGUGGUCGACGGUGCUGCCAUCUGUGGGGGAACUGAGGAACUAGGUGGUGGUGGUGAGACGGAGGAGGGAGAUCGGACCUCGACUGGCUACCCGUCCCCAUCAGCCAGGGACACAGAUGACCGAUAUAGAGAGGAGGCUGAAGGCCGAGGAGGCAUCCCUCCUGGGGCAUGUCCCGGAUCCGGAAACUGA